AUGUCGUCGCUGAUGCACUCCUCACGUCGUCCCGACUUUGAAACAGUCGCGAAACCCAACAGUGAGACAGUCACUGUUGCGGUUAUGACGUCCUCAGUUCCAUCUACAACGUUGUAUGAUGAUGUGAGGCGGGCAUACGCCCAAGAUGCCGUUUCUGGUGACACACCACGUGUUGUCAUUCCAGAUGAUAUUGAUCUGCGUUUGCGGAUCAUGUUCGAGUACCACGAUGCUCCUAUAGGAGGACAUCGUGGCCGAGAGAAAACAUAUCUCACGGUGAGUCGAGACUUUUACUGGCCCCGCCAGUAUCAGUUUGUGCGAAAGUAUGUUCGCGCAUGCGAAGUCUGCCAACGAGUGAAGUCAAGUCCUUCACUGCGUGCACCUUUACAGCCUCUACCGGUUCCGGCUGAGUGCUGGGAAUCCAUCUCAAUGGAUUUCGUCUUCGGGUUACCCAAAGACGCACGCGGGAAUACGGGUAUUCUCGUAUUUGUUGACAGACUCAGCAAAAUGGUACACCUUGUGGCUGUACCAGAGACAAUCACGGCAAGUGGCUGUGCUUGUGUCUUUAUUGACACCAUCUUCCGACUUCAUGGGUUGCCCCGUGAACUCGUAUCAGACAGAGAUCCACGAUUCACUGCUGAUUUCUGGCGUUCCGCGUUCAAAUCACUCGGAACGCGCUUGAAGAUGUCUACAUCUGAUCAUCCAGAGUCAGAUGGUCAGACGGAACGUGCCAAUCGUGUCCUUGAAGAGAUACUUCGAGGAUACGUACACUCCUUUAAGAGUUGGAGUGAGUUUUUGCCGAUGGUAGAGUUUGCCAUCAACAACUCGGUGCAUGCGUCCACGACACAUACACCGUUUUACGUGAAUGGCUUGCGCCAUCCGCGUGUACCCACCUUACUAGAGUGUGACUCUGGUUUAAGGGGGGGAGGGACUCGCGCGAGCAAAAACCGAUUUGGUUCACGCUCAUCACGCUCUGACGAAGAAGUCAUUGCGUUUGAUGCCGAUAUCGAUAACAUCGAUAUCGAAGAAGAUGAUGCCAGUGAGAGUGCGGAAGCCCUCACUGAAGACAAUGAUCCCAGUGAGAGUGCGGAAGCCCUCACUGAAGAAAAGGUUGUUGUCGCUGCAGUGCGCUCACAGCACACUGAAGCUAACGAGUCAUCAGAUGAGUUCAUACUGGCUCGUGAAACGGUAGUCCGUUUUGUGCAAGACUCCAUCGCCGAAGCGGUGACUUAG